AUGAUGCGUCGUUGCGAUCUACCUGCCCGUGAUCUACGCCUGCUUGAUCCUCUAUUUGUUUACCCUUCAACCAUCCUUGGAAGAGAGAAAGCUAUCGUUGUAAACCUAGAGCAGAUUCGAUGUAUAAUUACAGCCGAUGAGGUUCUUCUUUUGAAUUCACUUGAUAGCUAUGUAUUGCAAUAUGUGGUGGAGCUUCAGAGAAGAUUGACAACAAAUGGGGUAGGUGAUGUUUGGCAAUCUGAUGGUUCUGAAUUGAGUCGGAGGAGGGGAAAUAGAAAUUUUGAUAGUGUGUUUGGAAGCACAUCUCCUGAUUAUUUGCCCUUUGAGUUUAGGGCCUUAGAAGUUGCUCUGGAGGCUGCCUGUAAAUUUCUUGAUUCUCAGGCAGCUGAACUAGAAAUUGAAGCAUAUCCGUUACUAGAUGAGCUCACGUCAAAGAUCAGUACACUGAACUUGGAGCGCGCACGUCGAUUGAAAAGUAGACUCCUUGCCUUGACUCGGAGAGUUCAGAAGGUUCGGGAUGAAAUAGAGCAGCUCAUGGAUGAUGAUGGAGAUAUGGCUGAGAUGUAUCUCACUGACAAGAAAAGUCGUAUGGAGUCAUCGUUUUAUGGUGAUCAAUCUGUGCUGGGGUACAGAUCUACUGAUGGUACAUCUCUUUCUGCUCCUGUUUCUCCUGUAGCUUCACCUCCCGAUGGCCGAAAGCUUGAGAAAAGCCUGAGCAUUGCAAGGAGUCGACAUGAAAGCAUGAGAAGUUCAGAUAGUGCUACAGAGAGUAUAGAAGAGCUUGAGAUGCUGUUGGAAGCAUACUUUGUUGUCAUUGACAGCACACUGAAUAAGCUGACAUCGUUGAAAGAGUACAUUGAUGACACAGAAGAUUUCAUAAACAUUCAGCUGGAUAAUGUCCGAAAUCAGCUGAUCCAAUUUGAGCUACUACUCACAACUGCAACAUUUGUAGUUGCUAUAUUUGGGGUCGUAGCAGGAAUCUUUGGGAUGAACUUCACAAUACCUUUGUUUGAUAACGCUGGUGCAUUUAAGUGGAAGACUGAUGCCACUUUAGAUGUAAAACGAAACCUCUACAAAUGA